ACCCUUCAUUGGUGGGAUUUACAUGAUCCGUGAAGGAUUUGAAGACUCAUAGGCUCAUAGCCUUUACUUGGCUUUCUCUGGUUCCUAAGAUGGUGUUGCAUUUGGUGCCUCUGGCGAAUCUCCACUUACAAGCCACGAGACCCGCGGUGGUUGGGUUCGCGUUCCCACUGCUCCUCAAGUUCUUGAUGGGCUUCAGGAUCUUCCGAGACAACGCGCUUCACCAGUCAAGACUCUUCCUUUUCCAAUUGGGUCAAAUUGCGUUCAACACCGAAGCCCGAGUCUCCAACGUGGCCAGAAUGGAACGUGCUCUCAGGUUAAUUUGGAGAACACUCACUCCUUCUCCUUCAUCCACCACCGAUAAUUCCCAAGUCACUCAACAGAGCCUCCAUGACCUUUCUAUGCUUUCGCUCUAGUCACCACUCACUUUGGGUUUCUUUGCGGUGAAAGAAACAAAGAAAAAAGUUAAAUCAACGCGGAACGUAUCCUCUACUUCCAUCAUUCCACCUCCGGUUAGUCGUUUCCGGUUACUACUUUAUCAUCCUUGUUGUUUCUUGUAUAUUAAUAUUAACCACUUUUUACUAUUGUUGCUGUUUGGAAUCUGAAAUUGAUGUAUGUUUCGGCUUUGUCCUAUGAAUUAGGUUAAUUUUCAUGAGACAUGUUGGACAGAGGUUGUUUGUGGUACUGUGUGUCUAAUUAAUCUUACAGCUUGCAAUAAUUUUGCAUAACGCAAUUUGAAUUUUCUGUAUGACAAACUUUGUCGGAUGAAUGAAAAGGUAUUAAUGAUGAGAUUAAGAUGGUCUCAUAUCGCCGUU